AAGGUUCAGUGGACUACUUGUAUGAAUAAUAUCCUACAGUACACGUGUACUCUAUGUUUCUCUAACUAGCCAUAUUGAGUACACACAACGUACUAUUAUGUCCACGUUUUUACACAAUCCAUUUAAAUCUGUGUUUCUGUAUCUUGUAUGGCUUGUGUCUUCUGAAUGCAGUUUAAAUACACCUGUUCUUGGAAUGCUGACAGACUCCUCAAGCUGUCUUAUUUCACUGUCUCUGUUUGUCUGGAAGACGUAAUAAAGCUAGCUAUGGGCAACAUGGGCAUAGGCCUACAUAUAUCACUGCCAAAGGCACAUACAGCAAUAGGAUAUAAGCUAUCACGUCCGUGUCAUUUACCUGUUUGCCGAACAUAUGUGAUAUGACUCAACUGUAAUGGCCUAUUUCAUUGUGGUUGGAAAACAAUCGCGCUUCUAUGGCACCAGCUACGAGGAAUGACACACUGAAUGCCGGACAACAUUCCUGUUGGAUGAGAGCUGUCAGAAAGUGCAUCAUACACGUUGCGUAUAACUGCCUUUAGCUCUCGACACCGCCGGACCGGUUUAACUGGACGGACCGUUUCUGCGAUGUGCGCGUGAACAUUUCUAUGAGCGUGGGAGAGAGAAUUCCAACCUGACUUCCAUCCUAUAACCAAACCAGCUAAGAAACACAUGCGGAGAGAGAGUAGUUCAAUGUAAGGGUCUGUAAACCAGUCUAAUCCUCUGUUAGUAGGCGAGAACAGUAACACUUUGCCGGUAGCCUCCAAGACUGUUGACACUGGAGAAAGUUAUUCCGAGUUAUUGUGUUGACUGUUUUGUGUAACUGCUUGGUGUAAGGACGUUAACGGAACUAGCCAGAAUGAGAGGCUGAAGUUGCCACCUGGAUAAAGCGAGAAUAGAGGUGGAACAAGGCUACCCGUAGCUGUCUGUUGCUGGUUGAAUUACGCACGAUGGACCAGGAAGAAGAUCGGGACUUCAAGUCCUUGAGGGCAAAGUUCCAGGAUGAGGAAGUGCUGCUGAAGCAGCCAAGGACCAAACCUGCCCUUCCUGUGAAACCUAAAGUCCUGUCCCCUCCUCACAGCCCAACAAACUUCCUUCCUUCCUUCAGCCCCACAUCACACACACCCUCCAACUCACGCAGCCUAACGCCCGGAGCUCGACACUCCCUCCUCACCUCCCUCCAGGGGAAGGGUGACAUCGCACCCCGAGUCAUCUUCAAGGAGAAGGAGAAGAAGGUAAAGGGAAAAGACAAGAAUGAGGGGAAGGUGAAAUUACUAGGUAAAAAGAAGGCAGAGGCUGACAAAGAAAAGGCAGAUAGAGAGAUGAAUGGCGGGAAAGAUGAUGUAGAAGAUCUGCUGGACCAGAAACAGAAGACAGAGACAGACCUAGUCAUGAAGAACAAGAAGGUGUCCCUGCUGUCCCCUAGGGGGUUUAAGGGGGGUAGUGUCGAGCUGGAAGAUGCUUUGCCACCGCCCAUAUAUGCAACAGUAAAGAAGAAGGGUUUUCGGGGCAUCGGGAAGCCUGUGAAAGCAGGGAAGAAAGGGAAAGAGAGGAAAGAUGAGUUUCCUCCUCUCCCCAUGUUGGACAUAGCCAGCCCAGACAUGGCUGGUCCUGCACCUCUCAUCACUCUAACAACCUUCAGAACCCCAUCACCCCAUGCUAAUAUACCCACACCAACUGCCCUCAUCCCACCGGCCCCAGCAGCUCACAUUACCCUCUUACCCCUUGCCCCGAAACCUGCCCCAGUACUAGAUGCCCUCUUACACUCUGAGCUGUUACCCUCCACCCUGAUGCCUGCACCAGCAGCUGAAACCAUUACAGUCGCUACACCACCCGACCCCAUCUCCAUUCCAAUGAUCCCCGACCCUUCUAUCGUUGAGCCCAUCCCUGUUGCCCCCCUUACCCUGGAGUUAGAAACCUCAGCUGAGACCAUCCCAGCCCCCACCCUUUCUGUAUUGGUUCCCCCCAGCCCUACCCCUUCCCCUGUUCCUGCCCUACCCAGCCCGGUACCAACUCCCCCAGUCACCCCUAACCCCUCUGCUAUCCCCACCUUACCACCACCCACUAUAGCCACCCCACGUCGACCUGCUAUUGCCAGGCCACCCCCACCCGCUGACCCUACCCCCUCUCCACCUCCACCUCCAGCUCCUGAACUUGUAUCUGAACCUGAGUCUGUAGUAGUGGAUGCUGCUGUUGUAGUCGAGGCCUCUGCCUUUCCACUUCCCUCUCACAUCCCGCUUCCCCCAGCGGUGGACCCCCCAGUCACACCCCCAGCCCCCCAGCCUGAGAGCCUCGUGUCGGUCCAGGAACGACCACUCUCAGCCCUGUCGGCUCUAGGGCGAGCAGAGGAAAUGAGUCCACCAAAAAAAAGAGGAACAGAGAUCAUCUUCGAUGCUCUGGAGAAGGCCAAGAGAAAGUUUGGCAGCCCUUUGACCACACCCACCAUAGAGGACCAACCCCCACUCCCCCACAAAUCCCUCCCUGAGCUCCCACCAAUCGACUACGAUGACCAGGCCGGGGCGGGGCCCCCUACACCCCUGAAACCGUCCCUGGUCAACAGUGUUGACGUUACUGGGGAGAUUCCUGCUCCUCUAGAGUUCUCCGUAGCCGGUCCUGCUCUUGACGUUCCCGAGUUUGAGGAUGUAGGGUCGGAGCUUCUGAAAUUGGAAGCCCUACAAAUCCAGCCUGCAGACUUGGUGGAGAUAGAGGGGUCAGAAUGGGGGAAUGGAGAAUAUGGUGACAACAUUCCAGAGACAGUGCUUCUAAAGCAGGAGAUUCUGGAAGAGGGGGAGGGGCUUCCAGAAUUCGAGGACCACAGAGUUCCAGAAUCAGAACCGGUGGUCGAGGUUCCAUUGAGGGUUCGGGUGGAGGUUAUCCAAGAAAGUGUCCCCGCCUCCCCUUCCAGCCAGGACCCCCAGCCAGAGGCAGGAGCUGAGACAGAAGAUGGCACCUGUGACAAAGCCAAUGAAGACAUGCCCUCAGCCAAACAGAAGGUCAAGGGUCAACCCACCAAGAAGAAGAAGGAACCAAAGAACCCAUAUACUGAGACUCAGCCUCCGACUAAAGGAACAUCCAGGGGUGGCUGGUCUUUUAAGAGGCCUGGUCUGGAAAACCCAGAGGAGAAAGAUAUGAAGAAGAAAGAAAAACAACAUCUGGAGAAGGAGAAAAAAGAACAGAAAGAGAGAGAGAAGAAAGAACAGAAAGAGAGAGAGAAGAAGGAGCAGAAAGAGAGAGAGAAGAAAGAAAAUGAGAUGAAGAAGUUUAAGAUAACAGGUCAGGAGGAGGCUAUAUAUCAGGCUACAGUGACGGUAACAUCUAAAGGACGUAAGGACAACCUGGCUGUGAAGAAUAGGGACAUCGUCAGCAUCAUACGGACCACAAACUGCCCCAAAGGAAAAUGGCUAGCCAGGGACAGCACUAAUACAUAUGGGUACAUCUCAGUGAGCCAGGUGGAGCUGGACAUUAAGGAGAUGUUGGAGCUGGGGAAGAAGGCUUCUCAUGCCAUCAGCCAUAAGGACAUCAGUACUGUGGUAGAACAGGGAGGAGAGCUGGCCAGGAUGGGCAACAGGACUUCCAAUCACUACCCACUACAGGACGAUACAGGCAGCUUUACAGACGGCAGUGAGGAGUGGACGUAUGAUGACGAUGAACCUCUCUCCUACCCCAUUGAGGACGAUCCUACAGAGAGUGGCCACAUCCAAACAAUCUCCAUGACGGGAAGCAGAGAGCUCAGCAUCCACCACCAACAAACACAGAAUUACACCACCAUAGAUGGAAUGGAUAUGCAGGUGAAACAUGAAGCACUUCAGAAGCUGGCCACUUUCUUCCACAAACCUGUUGUAGAGGAACCCAUCAGGAGAAGACCUGAAGAACCGGAACCAAUCAGCUCCGUGGAGAUAGAAGAACCAGUGUACCCAUGUAAAAUGGAAGCAGAUUUGGAGCUUCCAGACAUGAUGAUUCUUUCUCCUCCUGGCCCGUUUGCAGACGACAAUCAAUGACACUUAGUAGACUACCAACUACAGUUGGAGAGCAGAGGAACAACGGCAACAUGGUAUGUUGUCGAGUGCCAGUCAUCUCCAUGACAAUCACUCAGAUAACGGAGACAUGAAGGAGCGUUGUUUGGACAAGCUGCAAUUGGAUGGACUAUUUCUCUGUUAUAAUAUUGUUUAGGCCAGGAUUCAAUCCGAGAGCUCUAGUCAACAAUGCAGAUUAAGGCAAUGUUACCGUCUUUGUGGAGACCGCAUUCAAGAUAAAUACUGCAAUGUCGACACAUUUGGAAAUUAUCUUUAAAAUGUCAAUAACGCUAUAGGGUUUCAGAUUGAAUCUCUUGUUUUGAUGUCCAUCCAGGGUUAUGGAGGAUGAGAUGAAGGAUACAGACAGAGCAGUUCUGUUUAUACUAACUCUUCAAUAGUUUUAUACGAAGACAAUUAUGGGAUACCAUGCAUAGUGUAAUGUCUGUUUACAGGUGUUUGUGUUUGGCUAGAUGACAAAUCAACAGUCUGUAUCCAGCUACUGUCGGUGUCUAAAAUGACAGCCUAUUCCCCAUGUAGUGCACUAACUUUGACCUAAGUGACACAGGGUUAACCCGGUGUCACUUAGGGCUCUGGUGAAAAGUAGUGCACUAAGUGACACAGGGUUAACCACAUAGUGCACUACUUUUCACCAGAGCCCUAACUUUGACCUGUGUGGUUAACCCUGUGUCACUUAGUGCACUACUUUUCACCAGAGCCCUGUGGUUAAAACCACAUAGGGCUCCGGUGAAAAGUAGUGCACUACGCAGGGACAAGGAUGCUUGCCAUACUGUAUGAGAUGUCUGGUUUAUAUUCCCUGUGUAUUUCCCAUUAAGUAUUAGAGAGAGAGGGAAGUAAUUUGAUGAUGUAACCUUUAGUUGAAGUCCCGUUCAUUUAGCUACCAGCUCUGCUAGUUGUGAUCUGGCGAUUCAAUAAAAAACACAAAUCAAUCA